CCCACCCGAGUGCGUGUGCGCCUGCAGAUACGAUUUUGGACUCUCAACAGGUGACUUAAAAUUUAAAACUCGCUGCCUUCUUAAGGAGCUCAAAACUGAAAAAUUUUUCCAAGAAAAGACGGCACUUGUCGACCUAUCUUUAAACCAUUACUCCUCCUAGAAACACCUGGAAAGGCACGGCUAAGGUAGCAGUCGCUCAAAAACGUUCCAGGAAAACUGCGCCACAGCCUGGGGGCGAGGACAGAAACUUCCGCACCCGACUUUCGCUCGGCCUUUCCCAGAGACUCGGAACCCGGUGCCAGGACCGGCGUCUCCUGCGUGCGGGUAACACUCGCCACGAGCAGCUGGGUUCAGGAAAGGCAAUUUGCCCGGCCAGUUGUCCCUUCUUCGUUGUCCCCUCCCCCCCCUCCCCCAAGGCCAAGGACAGCGACGUCGUCCUCCCUCUCCUCCUCUUUGGUGCCUUCAGCCAGGAGGCGGGAGUGACCCGCAACAGCUGACCCGGCAUAGGCACUGCCUCUCCCACAGCCCUCAGGACACACCAUGGGCCCAGAGGCGGGUUUGCAGCACAGCAGUGACGACGCCGGCGGCGGCCCCGGCGACUCUCAACUGCCUCCCUGACCACCGCGACCACCGCCCAACACCACGAGAAGUCGUCGCCACCAACGACAGGACAAUCUACGGACCCCCAAACCACCUUCGCGAUCGACUCAAGCUAAGUCAACAACUAUGGCGGGCGACGGGGGGCGGGCGGAGCCGGGCAGGGAAGCUUGGGGGAUGUACGUCACAGCCCGGGCCCCCCUACGGGAGGGAAGACGCCGGCUCGCCCCUCAAAAUGGCGGUGGCAGUGACGCGCCUGCGUACCGAACUCCUUCGCCGUCGCGCCACGGCCGGCGGGAAGUGAGGUUCUCAGAGGAGCCGCCAGAAGUGUACGGCGACUUCGAGCGGGCGGCCAAAGAAAAGUCUCCGGCGAGAAGACGAGUCCCGCUAGAAGAGUUCCGGCCUGAUUCUGCAAAAGAGGAAGUGAGAGAAAGCGCCUACUACCUUCGGUCUCGGCAGCGGAGGCAGCCGCGACGCCAGGGAGCCGAGGAGAUGAACACGCGAAGGACUAUCCGCCAGCAGCAGCAGCAGUCACAGCAGCCCCUGCUCCAGCCGUCUCCGGUUACCACCAGGCGAGGGUUACGGGACUCUCAUUCCUCCGAAGAGGAUGAACCAUCUUCACAAACUAUUUUAAGCCAGACAGUCCCAAAGAAAACUAUCCAGAGAACACCAGAAAUUCCAGUGGUGAGUGAAGAUCCUAUAAUCAGCCUGCGUAGACCCCCUCUAAGAAGUCCAAGAUUUGAUUCGGCAUACAAAACAAAUGGAAAUACUAAAAUGAGUGAAUUAGAAGCCACCAGUAUCCAACAGAAAGUCAAUUUUUCCGAAAGAGGAGAAACUGAACAGGACGAUCAAGACAGCUCUGACAGUGAUAUUACUACUGUUAAGGUCAGAUCCGGGGAUUCUCUUGAUUCUGGAGAUCAGACCACCAGAUCAUCAACUCAAUAUCCAGAAUCAUUUUGGCAGCCAUCACAAAGUCGAGACUUCAUAACUGUUGAUAAGCACCCUUCUGUGCUAAGCUCGGGAUAUCAAAAAAAACCUCAGGAAUGGUUUGAACAAGCUGCAAGAAUAAGGGCUAGGACACAAAAUGACAGCAUUCAGAAACCAGAGCUUGGAAACCAGUCUCCUUCAACCUCUAGCCAACAAGUGACUGGACAACCCAAAAGUGCAUCUUAUAGCAAGAUGUGGUGGUGGCUACUUGUUCUGAUAGUUUCUUUGGCUCUUGGGAGUUACUUGUUCCCUCAUCGUCCUGAGGUGGAAACCACUGCUGUUCAAGAGUUCCAGAACCAGAUGAAACAACUUAUGAAUAAGUAUCAAGGUCAAGAUGAGAAGCUGUGGAAAAGGAGCCUUACAUUCCUGGAGAAACAUCUGAACAGCUCCCAGCCCCGGCCUCAGCCUGCUAUCUUGCUGCUCACUGCAGCUCGGGAUGCGGAAGAAGCACUCAGAUGUCUGAGUGAACAAAUUGCCGAUGCCUACUCUUCUUUCCGGAGUGUCCGUGCCAUCCGGAUUGAUGGGGCAGGCAAAGCUACUCAGGACAGUGAUGUUGUCAAACAAGAGGUAGACUGGGAACUGAGCAAUGGAUUCCAGAAUGGCCAGAAUGCUGCCGUGGUACACCGCUUUGAGUCACUGCCUGCAGGCUCCACUUUGAUCUUCUAUAAAUAUUGUGACCAUGAAAAUGCAGCCUUCAAAGAUGUAGCCUUAGUCCUGACUGUCUUGUUGGAGGAAGAGACACUGGGAACCAGUCUAGGCCUAAAGGAAAUUGAAGAAAAAGUGAGAGAUUUCCUCAAAGUCAAGUUCACCAGCUCUGACACACCCAACUCCUACAAACAUAUGGACCCAGACAAAUUGAGCGGGCUCUGGAGCCGUAUUUCUCACUUGGUCCUGCCUGUCCAACCUGAAAAUGCCCUGAAAAGUGGCAUCUGCUUAUAAGUGUGACAGAAGACAAAUCAUGUCUCAAGUUCUGAGAAUUUUUCAGACUUUCUAGCUAGAGACGGGAUUCAGAGCUCUUUUUGAAGGAACUGGUUUCUUUUUAAAGGAAGUUAAAUUCUUAUAUAAACAUGGAACAUCUAAAUCAUUUAUUCAACCUAAUUAUCUGUUACCUGAGAGAAUCAUUUCUCUGUUUCCAUUGAGAUCUGUGUUAACGAUCUCUGAGGACUAUAAAUCAUAUGGGAUCCCAUAGAGGAUCUGUUUAGGUUCAGGGUUGAAACAUUAUUGCUAUGGUAUGACCAGACCAGGUUGUGGGGGCGGGUUGGGGUCCUUCCUAUGAAUCCUCUCAAUUUUUAAAUUAGAUUUUUCACAGAGUUUGCUAUUAGUAAGGCAGCUCUCUAAAUGCAACUGUGGGUUUUCCCAUUUUGUUCUCUUUUACAUCAUUAGGUGUGAGUUCCUUAGCUUCCCCUUAUAGGAACGAGAGUAAUGAAAGGUCACCAGAGUGUGUUUUGGGAUUUUUUUUUUUUUUCUUUGUUUUUGGAGGGCAGGAGAAGGAGACAAGGCAAAAGAGAAAUUGUGGAAUGAGGAAGGAAAGGAGGGGAAAAUCUUCAAGAUGAAAUUUAAAAUAAGCCGCUGAGACAGGUCUCUCAGACAUAGCCAUAUGAACUCCAUUCUCGGUGAAUUCUGUUCGGGUUUAUUUUUCACAUAUCCUUUUCUUCCUUUAAGAAAUUUUUGGUCCUCCAAAGGAUUUUGAAGCAUGUAUAUUAUAAGGUUUAGCAUAUUUGUUCAUUUGACUCUGAAGGGUGUGGUCAAUUCAGAGUAGUUUAUUUUUGACAUAUCCCGAAGCCCUUGUUUUGAACUCAGAAAUGCAGUUGCAUUUGUUCACCAGCUUUCCUAGACUGCUGAAGAAGGACUUGAUUCUCUGCGUGCAGUCCUAAGUCCUUUAAUGACACUCUUACGACAAAUGUAAAGAUUUACUGUACAUGUGAUAAAUUUUAUUAAGAGUGCCUCAAGCCAAAAUGAAAGUAAACUUGGCCAUAUGUGAAGAAUGUUGAAAUGUACUAUUGUGCAUUCCUGUGCUACUGUUGUGUUUCAGGUGUCACUUAGCUUCUGUAACUGAGCUUUCUCAAAAUUUAUCGACCGCUUUGCUUUUCUUAAAAUCUUAAGAUUCUGGAUCCACCAUGGUUUUGUUUAGUUUUUUAUUGUCUACAAAACUUAAAAUGAAAAUACUGUUUUUAGAAUACUAGAGGCAGUCAUUGACUUAACCAUUUACCUGUUGAGGAUCCCAUGCCUGGUAGUGGGGUGUGGUCUGGUUUCCUCCAGCUAGGACAACCAGUAUUCCUAAAUUUAUACCCUUUAUUGAAAUUUGCUCCUGACUGUCAGAAGUCAGGCCAUCUGAUUUAUAGAGGAUUCUAAAACAAGAGUUUUUGAAAAGGCUUAUUUUAUACACAUAUAUUAUAUGGAGAAACAAAUGUUUUUAUUAAAUGUUUCGCUGACCAAAAUAAUUUUAAAGAAAUUAACGUUAGUUAUAUCUUUCAGGAAAAAUAAUUGUAGCAGCUGAUCUGGAAAUGACUUUAGAAGCUAUUUUAGUAAUUUAAAUAAAUUUACUUUCUUGGUUUGUA